AGAUUGUGUAGUAGAUGUUGUAGUGUAGUGGGUUGUGUAGCUCCUUCCUGUGGGUCUCUUAUCUUGAGUGUUUCUGUGUUUUUGUCUGAACUUGCAGGGUUCAUUUCCUCGUGGACUUUCCUCAGAGCAGGAAGUGAAGACCUUAUAAGGAGUGUCCUGUGAUGUCAGAGGGGGCGGGGCCUGUGCUCUAUAUAAGCCUGUAGUGCAGCGGCUCUCAGACAGAAUAACUCUCACUAAGUGAUGAAGAUGAUGAUGCUGCAGCCUCUCUGGGACCUCCUGCGGGGACACUCGUCCCUCCUGCUGUCCCCCCUGUUCCCCGUGCUCUUCUCCCUGGGGGGCUACCUCACCUGCUGCCUGCCCUACCUGCUGCUGGACCUGCUGGCCCUCAGGUGGGCCUCACUGCGCAGGUACAAGCUGCAGCCUCAGAGCUCCGUCAGCUGGGCCUCAGUGCGGAGCUGCCUGUCUCUGACACUCUACAACCACCUGGUGUUCCUGCUGCCAAUCACGCUGCUGCACGGGUACCUAAGUCCCGCCCACCUGCCGGCUCAGGCCCCGCCCCUUCCCCGCCUCCUGGCCCAGGUGUUCGUCUGCCUGCUGCUGUUCGACUUCCAGAGCUUCACCUGGCACCUGCUGCACCACAGGGUGCCCUGGCUCUACCGCACCUUCCACAAGGUGCACCACAGCUCCAGCUCCACCUGGGCGCUCACCACGGAGGCGACGGGGGCGAUGGAGACCCUGAGUCUGGGCUUCUUCUCGGGAUGCACCCCGGUCCUCCUGGGCCUGCACCCCCUCAGCCAGCUGGGCUUCUUCCUGCUCAACAUCUGGCUCUCUGUGGAGGACCACUGCGGCUACGACCUGCCCUGGGCCACGCACCGCCUCUUUCCCCUCCACCUGUACGGGGGCGCGCCGCACCACGACCUGCACCAUCUCAACUCCUCCUGCAACUACGCACCAUACUUCACCCACUGGGACCGCCUCAUCGGGACCCUGCAGACCCGCUGAGGACGGGACAGAGAGAGGGAGGUCAAGAGGUGGAGGUCAAGAGAUGGAGAAGGUCGGAGUGAAACGUAAAUGACGUGACAGACAUUAAGCUAUUUUGUAAAAGACUGAAAGAGAUGGAGGUAACGUCGUGGAGAUGAAGAGACAAAGAUGGAAGUUGACGGAGAAAAAUAAAUGGAGAUCAGUCUCAGAGAAAAAGACAUUAACAGAGACAGAAAGAGACGGAGACGAAGAGAUGGACAUGAAGAUGUGUUUCUGAAGGUCUGGAUGCAUUGAGUUAAACAUCUUGAUCACUAAGAAUAUCACGAGACACGUGUUGAAAGCUCAGAUUUACAGGGUUCUGUGAACGCCUCGUCUUCUACAUUAACAGAAUAUUUAUAUUUAUUAUAUCUUUAUAUUUAUCGCUGCUCAUUUAAAAUGUAUUUAUUUAUUUAUUAACUUCUACCUCCAUGUUGUUGUUGAUUAUUAUGAAGAGUUUUAAAGUGAGGAGUCUCUCAUGAAGGAAACCACGAUGAGACGUCUUUAAAUGUUAAAGCGUUCACAUUGAACUCGUGCUAACAACGAGGGAGCCACGGCUUUGUCAACACUUCUGUUCAGAGGGAUAUAUAAAGAAGGAGAUGAAGUGUUGAAGCUGGGACUGAAGGGGGACUGAGGGGGG